UCAGACAGAAGAAUGUUCCAGAUGGUUCAGUUCUUAGUUCCCUCAGGGCCCAAGAGACCCGGUAACGUCAGCGUAUCUCCCCCGACCGGACAGAACCGGACUCAGACCGCUGCAAAUGACUUCCUACAACACGUCCGGAAAGUCAGCGGUCUGAAACAGCAGGACGUGUUUUAUAACCUGCGUGUCCCAAACCAGUGUCAGACCGACAGAGACGAGAUCAACCUGCUGCUGCUCACAGGUCACGGUGUGUUCUGUAUCGAUCUAAAGAUGUGGAGCGGGUCCGUUUCGGCCCCCAGCGACAAUCACUGGCAGCUGCAGGUCAGAGCGGAGCAGCAGAACUUCACCAGCGUCUCCAUCGAGCAGCUGCCCGACGCUCUUCAGGCCAUAACGGUGAAAACCAACAACCUCCACAGUCACAUGAAGCGCUGCGGGCUGAACGUCCGGCCGAAUCUCUUCAUUCCCAGAAUCCUCUUCCUGUCUCCGGACUGCGUGCUGAGCGAGGACCUGAAGUCGGAGCAGCUGGUGUCCUGCGCGGACGUGGAGCCGUUCCUGCGCUCGCUGCGGGAGGGAUACGCGUCCUGGCUGUCGGACGCCUUCACGCCGUCCUGGAUCUCAGGUCACCUGUCGUACGGGCAGAUGCGGGCGGUGCGGGAGCGUCUGGAGCUCUUGGGCACGUGGGACGUGCUGCAGAUGAGCGGCGGUCAGGAGCUCACCGGAGAUUUCCAGGGCUGUCAGCACCUCGCCCUCAACCGACAGGAAACGGACCUGCUGGAGUUCAGCAGAGCAGGAAGUGUGAUUACAGAUGCGCUGUGGAGCCUGCUGGGACACACGCCGCAGGUCACCGUCUCCAUGUAUAAGCGCGGAGCGCAGGGGUGGCUGGGUAAACCGCUGAUCGCCACGGCGACCAUCCCCUCCAGCACACGCGUGAUCUUCCGCAUCAGAGGAGAAACGACGGACGCCAAGAUCCCCGCCGGAAACGUCCGCUCCAUCGCGCUGAGCAUCUGAAGCUCACGACGCUCCUCGGAUCUGCUGAGAAACGCUCGGCUUCUGCAGCUCCAAACGUUAACGGCAGCACGCGCUCAAACGCCGACGCUUCGGUCGCUCUCACCUGCGAUUCGUUCCAUGAAGGAACGCGUCCGAUAGCAGGACGACCGAGAUAAAGUGAGUAUUAUUCAGAGCAGCAUCACUACUGACACCACUAAUGUCUUCAUCACAAAGAUUUGAAAUAGUUGAAAAGUGCUCUAUAAUGACGGAGCGCAGCUUUAAUAUUUAAUCAUUGCUGAGAAAUGUUUAACUUUUCUAAUCAAGCAUCAGUCUGUGUUCUGACCUUCACAUCAUGGUGGUUUUUAUUAGAUUUGAAGAUGUCCCCAGAGUCCAAACUGUGUUUGUAUCUUGAGAUAUAUAUAUUCAGAGUUUUCAUGUUUUCAUACUCUUGAUGUUCUAGUAAAUGGUAAUUUUUAAAAUAUGAAUUUCUUUAAAGUGACGUAUAAACCCCUGAACACAGAAAAGAUCCUGGUUGGUAUUGUCGUGUUGAUUCCGAAGAUUUUUUGGUCCUGGUUAGUGAGAUUGUUCAGAUGACGAGGGUAUUCUGAUCUGUUAAAGCCUCAAUCAUAUUUUUACAAAAUAUCUCUAUUUUGUCGGUUACUUUGGAAUAAUUGAUAUUUUAUGCUGUUUUGAUGCCUAUAAUGCAAUAAAAUGCUUAUUUCUGU